AUGGGCGAUGCCGGCGAUACGAGCUCUGCAAUACCACCGAUAUCGCGCAUCGCCAUCAUAGGAGCCGGUCCCGUGGGCGUCUCGUCCGCAAAGUACUUGGUUGCCGAAAACGCGUUUGCGACAAUCGACAUCUACGAGCAGCGCGGACGGGUUGGAGGGAUCUGGAAUCUCUCGUUGCCAGACCGGUCGAAGCGGAUUCCCAUACCACAGACGGAUCCGCUCUAUGGGCAGCGGGUGUUAAUACCAAGAACACAAGAUGAGAAUGAGAAUGGCGACGACGACACCACAAACUCGCUAGAGUUUGAGUCGCCGCUGUACGACUAUCUCGAAACAAACAUACCCAAACACCUCAUGGCGUUCUCCGACAUGCCGUUUCCAGAGGAAGAACCCCUGUUCCCGAGUCAUCAGGCUGUGUUGAGGUACCUGGACCACUACGCGGACGAAGUCAGAGAGUUGAUUCGGUUCAAUACAGCGGUCAUAGAUGUGCGGCCCGUCAAAGACCACGGUAACGAGCGUGAAAGAUGGCAUUUGACGACCCAGAAUCUCCUCACGAAAGAAGCUUCUCAAACUGUGUACGACGCGGUGGUGGUGGCCAACGGACACUAUACCGUCCCAUAUGUUCCAGCCAUCAAAGGUGUUGCGGAAUGGAAUGCGGCGUACCCUGAAGCCAUUAUUCACUCUAAAGCUUAUCGGAGACCCGAAGUUUUCAGGGAUCAAAAAGUCAUUGUGGUCGGAAACUCCGCUUCAGGUUUGGAUAUCGCCGCACAAAUAGGGAAGUACUGUCAGAAACCUGUCUUGCUUUCAUCAAGAUCAGUGUCAGCGUUCGGGGUAUUGCCUGGAGGGGGGUACAGGGAAGACGUUGACGAAAUCGUCGAGUUUCUCCCCCCUGACCACGACACCUCCAAAGCGGUGCGGUUCAAGAGUGGCCGCAUUGAGAAGGAUGUCGAUGUUGUUGUGUUUGCGACCGGAUACUUCUAUUCAUACCCGUUUCUAUCCAGUGUGCUGCCUCCACUGGUCACAGACGGCUUCCGCGCAAGAGGCACAUAUCAGCACUUGUUCAGCAUCGACCAUCCAACGCUGGCAUUUCCCGUAAUCAAUCUAAAGGUUAUUCCUUUCCCACUCUCCCAGAAUCAGGCUGCCGUGGUGGCUCGGGUGUGGAGUGGUCGACUUGACUUGCCGUCACCAGCCAAGAUGCGAGACUGGGAGCACGAAACAGUUCACAAGAAAGGUGAUGGCAAGUACUUCCAUGUCAAGAAGUUUCCCGAAGAUGCGAAGCAGGUCAACGAGCUCUAUGCGUGGGCGCUGCAAGCGAGAAAGAAGAACGGACUGCAGAAUGACGGCGCAGGGAAGCUGGGCACACGGUGGGAUCAGAGACAAGUCUGGAUGAGGUCUCGAUUUCCUGACAUCAAGGCCGCAUAUACUGAGAAGGGCGAGGCUCGAGUCCAUGUGAGGACAAUAGAGGAGCUGGGGUUUGAUUUUGUGAAAUGGCGAGAGCAGGCUGAGGAUAGAGACUUGGACAUGUUUGAACAAGCUGAUUGUUGA